GUAUCCGUCCCGCUGGCCGCCCUGGUGCCACUGAUCUGCCUCCAAUCAGCCCUCUCAUUCAUCCCCCACCCACACCCCCUUCAUGCACAGCUUUCCCACAGGCCACCAGCGCGGCUCAGACGGCCUAGGCCAUCUUCCACCCUGCAGAUGUUCCUCUUUGGCGGCGGUGAGGCCAUUGACCGAGGUGGCCCGAACAGGCACCAGCAGUCUGCCUUCUUCGGCUCGUUCGACGCCCUGGAGAGCGAGGUGCAGCACUACCUGGGCGACAGGGAGCGGCAGAUAAUCACCGGCGCACCAGCAGCAGAGGGAGACCAUGGCAAUGGCGGUUUGCAGGCCUUCAUUAGGUGGCCGUUCGGGCGGAGCGAGAGGCAUCGUCAGGGUGACAGUGACGGCCAGCAGUCCCCCUUGUCAGCUCAGGAUGUUCGUGAGAGGCUUGCACGUGCUCCACUAGAGUAUGGGGAGUUGAGCCGGUAUGGGUAUGGGUAUCUGGUGGACCCUAUCAUGCGCUACCACGGCGGAUACAUCCGCGUGUCGCAGCGGCUGAACCUGCCUUACAUGUCGGCACAGAGGUGGCAUCCGGAGGUCCUCGUUGACCAGCUCAAUACAAGACUGCAGAAACAAACCGCCAAGUGGGCCUAAGAGUCAGGGAGUGAUGGGCAGAAUGAAUGGAUGGUUGGUGUUGGUUCGCUUGUUUCCCUGUUGCCUUUCAGUGAGGGUGGCGAGUCGAGUGUGUCGGAGCUGCCAUUCCUCGGUGAGCGAGCGGGACGCUCCCCCACAUACCCAUCCAUCCAUCCAUCCAUCCAUCCACUAUGCGUCGCCGUUUGUCUGCCUCCCUGCCGGCUAUGCAGCUGGUGCCCAUCAGUGGGUCAACAGGAGUGCGGACGCCCCUACCCGCGACAAUGGCCAGGUUUCCGACGGUCUGGGUGUGGUGCUGUACCCCAAUGUCGGCGACGUGGUGCUCUGCCCAAUGGCUGACGGAUACUCACUCGCACAGGCACGUUUGCACUUCUAUUGCUUGGCAGCCACCAGCUAGCUAUGCAAUGCUGCGUAUGUGGGGUGGAUGGAUGGAUGGAUGUGGAUCGUUUCAUUCAGGUGCAGAGGUUGCGGGAGAUGGAGGGCGGGGUGUUUGUGGCGACGGUGCAGCGGCUGGUGAGAGACAAACAGUCGGGCCUGUACAAGCCUGACAGGAUGGACAAACCCGCCACUAGGGUACGAGCAAACAAACACACAGAUUCACACGGAGAGAGGGAGGGGCAAGCCACAGACAGUGAUGUAUGUACAUGUAAGAUGACGGACGGGCUGUCUGUGUGUGUGUGUGUUCAGAAUGUGGAGGAGCUGUGUCCGGUGCGUGCCUACUACAUCAUGGGCAAGCAGGCCUUCCAGGCACAAAACGCACCAAACACACACAGUGCACACACACACGGGCAUCAAUAUUUAUUGGCACAUCCAUCCGUCUGUCUGUCUGUCUGUCUGUCGUCUGUCGUGUCUCACUCAGGUUGAGUUUGACAGCGACACAGAGGAGCGGCCAGCACUGGUGGCCGGCAGAUACACGUGAGUAAAUCACUGACUCACCCAAUUGCUCAUCAGAAAGAAAGAAAGAAAUCCACACCAUUAUCCAUCCACUCUUCCUUCCCCGCCCUCGCUCUCCCUGUCUCUCCCUUGCUCUCUCAGGAUCGAUGCAGAUCUGGUCAAGGCCUCUGGUGUCGGCCGUGAGGUGCUCAACCAGCGGGCCUACGACGAGUACCUCAACGACUACCGAGUGCUCAAGGAGGACCUCAUCGUCAAGGCCGUCUAUUCGGGCAUCGCGGGGUUCGUCCUGACCGACCUCACCUUCGACCUCCAAACGGCUCUCAUAUUCCUCAUCGGCAACCUCUUUGGGACCGGUCAGCGAACGGCCGACCGAAAAAGCCAACCAACAAACACAUAGAUACAUCUAUCUGCCGUCAUGUGUUUGUUGCAUUCCGUUCCUUGUGUGGUUAUCCCUCCAUCCAUCCCUCCGUCCGCCACCCACUCAGCGUACCUUGGUCUCCUCGAGGCCGGGACGGACACCUUCGGGACGCCCGAAGCACAGGGACCUCUUGGAAGGCUGUCCAACAUCAGGUCAGUCGGUCCCGUCAGUGGACGAGGGGGUGAGUGAAUGUGUGAACGAGUGGUGGGGAGGGGGGCCGUCCGCUCACUCCUUCCUGCGUUGUUUGCUGCUUGUGUGGCAGGUUGGCGCUUCCCGUGCUGCUGAUGGUGACUCUGACGCUCUACCGCUCGGCCACGGAGGGCGGCUCCUUCAUCCAGGACAACUACCUCACGUGGCUCACCAGGGAACAGUUCUUCGCGGGCAUCAUCGGAUUCCUCUCAUACAGGUGUGCUAUAGGCCCAAAACAUACGGCACUCAAACACAACGUACAUGGACAAAAGAGCGAGCCGAGCCGGGCGUCCACCAUUCCCUCUCCUUGGUCUGCCAUGUGCCACGCAGGGUGCCGUUCAUUCUGAUGGCUUUGCAGAGUCUGUUUGGCGGGCCCGACGGGCAGAAGAACAUCCCUGGGUCGAUCGGAGGUCUCGCCAGGAUCAACGACGUGAGCGACAGACGCACACACGCACUCGCACAUUCACCUGAGUCAUACGCCACACACCUGCCCCUCUUCCCGUCCCCUGCUUUUUUGGUCUGCAAUCAAUGCAUGCAGUAUCUGUCAGAGAAGCGUCGUGGGCGGGAGCAGCCCAACGCCGCGCAAAUGGAGCUGGAUGCGCGCGACAACAAAAGGCAGCCGCCGCCCUCCUCUGCGUCCUCUGUGCCCUUCUUCGUUCCCGUGGCGGUGCUAUCGGGCCCCAUCUGUCUGGGUCGCACAGACGUCUUAUCGGAUCUGAUGGCUCUUGACGACCGGUUCGCCAUGCCGACAUGGGUGACGCCCGACAUAGACCACUCGCCUUUGACAAGGAGUACAUCCGGGAGGUCCCGGGAGCUGGAGGGCAUGCAGGCGCCCCCAAUGCCGCAGGAGGUGCUGAGUAUGAUGCAGGCUGGCGCGGCUGGUGGUGGUGGGGUGGAGAAGGUGGGAGUUGGCGAGUUCUGUGAGGGCAUGGAUCUGAUGACGGCUGAUGGGAAAGAUAGUACUGGUGACCUGCAUACUGCUAGGGGUGGUGCUGGUGAUGGCGAUCGGCAGCUGGUGCUGGUGCGGAGGGGGCCAGACGGGCGGCUUUAUGGACUGAGGCGCAAAGAGAUCAUCGACACCGCAAGACGGUGAGUAAGACGGUCGUCGGUCGGCCAACACAUGACACCACAACAGGCAACCAGCACGUGUGUGUGCGCAUGUUGUUUGUGUGUGUGUGUUCCACAUACACAGGGGCCGUAUUCCUUUGAUAGAAUGCGAUCCGUCCUCUCUCUUCAAGCUCAAGGGUCUGGGUGACGACAUCCGCCUGGUGACCAUUUGGGUGACCCUGCCCUCACAGAAAGACAUGGAGGCACGACUCAGGCAACAGGUGGGUAUUCAGUCAUAGACGUAGAAAGAAAGAAAGAAAGAAAGAAAGACAGGCAGACAGACGGACAGACAGGUCGACGAGCACUCCCCUCCCCUUGUGCAUCCGCCCACGUCGAUCAUUGCAUCUUCUGUUUGUCAACGCCUGACUGCGUGACUGGCAGGUGUUCGGCCAGGUCCCAAUACAACACGAGACCUUUCCUCCUCCCCACAGUAAUCGCACAGACACCGCCAGUAGCAGCAGCCACACAAGAGGCGCAAUCGGUGAGGGCAAUGACAACAGUACAUCAUUAGCAUCAUUGCGUGGGGUGGGUCAAGAGUUCGAGAGGCGUCGGGAAGAGAUGCUGCAUGAGGUCCAGGUGGGGCUGUUGAGCGGGCUGGUCGACUACUACGUGUACAAUUCACAGGACAGCUCGACCAAUGCGGCAAGGCAGGCAAGAGACUGUGUCGACAACGCACUCACAAACACAUAGAUACUUACGUGGAUAGAUAGCCCAACGAACCAACCGACAAACAGCC